UAAAUAACCGAUGACAAGUCGGCUCUCCGGAAAGGAAUGCAUAUUUAUUUCUGAUUAGAAUCAAUACUUUGACGUAUGUGCCUGAAAAUUGUCAAAAAUGGCAUUCAGAAGUUUUCGGCAAAACUGUUUAUCUUCAGUAUGUGACCCGGUUGGCUUUAUUGGAAGACGAGAAAUUGGUAACACUCAACCAAAUACUUCAUCAGACAAAUUUAUGAGACACAGAACCAGCUUAGCAAAAAACUUGUACAAGAGAGAACUUAAAGCGCAUUAUGGAUGUGUUAAUGCAAUAGAGUUCUCGCACAAAGGAGGACAAUUUAUGUCUUCAGGUGGUGAUGACAGAAGAGUGUUAUUGUGGAACGUUGAGAAAGCCCUGUCAGAUAUAGGUUCUCCUAAGAUAAUGAAAGGAGAACAUAAUAGUAACAUCUUUUGUAUUGCUUUUGAUCGUGACAACAAGAAGAUAUUUUCUGGUGGAAAUGAUGAACAAGUUCUUGUGCAUGACAUUGAAAGUGGUGCCACAUUAGAAGUGUUCAUGCAUGAUGAUGCAAUAUAUGGAUUGACAUCAGACCCUAACAAUGUCAAUGUGUUUGCCAGUGCCUGUGAUGAUGGCAGAAUUUUGGUAUUCGAUAUAAGAGAACCAGCUAGUACAGAUCCAUUUUGUUUGGCAAAUUACACUUCAUCUAUGCAUGCAGUGGCAUAUAACCCAGUAGAACCACGUCUACUGGCAACAGCUAAUGCUAGAGAGGGCAUUGGAUUAUGGGAUAUCAGGAAACCUAAAAGUUGUUUAUUGAGAUAUGGUAGUGGUUUAGUACAACAAAGUUGUAUGAGUGUCUGUGUCAGUAAGAUGGGAGACAGACUAUUAGCACUACGAAGACGUCUACCUCCAGUUUUAUAUGACAUUAAAAGUCCCUUUCCAUUAUGUGAAUUCGACCAUGCUGGGUAUUACAACUCUUGUACAAUGAAAAGCUGCUCAUUUGCUGGAGAUAGAGAUCAGUAUGUAUUGUCUGGAUCUGAUGACUGUAAUCUAUACAUGUGGAAAAUACCUGAUGAUUUAUCAAAAAGACAGUUUGUAAAUGAUGCACACAUGGUAUUACAUGGACAUAGAUCUAUUGUAAAUCAAGUGAGAUUUAAUGCUGCCAAUCAUCUAAUCUUAUCUUCUGGUGUUGAAAAAUCUAUUAAGGUAUGGAGUCCAUUUCCAGUUCCUACGUCAGAAGGAGGAAUAGAUUCCAAUUCUGUGAAGAAGAAUGCAGCUAGACCUGCUUACUCACAUGAGGAAUAUAUCAACCUGGUGUUACAGACUGGUCAUGUGAUGACACAUGAUUAUUCCAGUCAGUCAGUAGAGGAAGAUCCUCGAAUGCUAGCUUUCUUUGAUUCAUUAGUACAAAGAGAACUGGAGGGGUUCAGUUCCAGUGAAGACUUUGCUAGUAGUGAUGAAGAAUUAUUAGAUAGAAUUGAAAAUAUACAUGAUUCUGAUUUCUCAGAUUCAGAUAGUCAUCAUUCAAGGCAUGCUACACAAAACAGAACUUCAAGCAAUCAUAACCAAGAAAACGGUCAGGAGGAUUCUACGGUUAAUUCUUUUUCUGUGACCUUUGCUAGUGCUGCUAAUUCCAGGUCCCUUGAUGGUAAUGCUGUAUCUUCAGGUAAUAUGGAACAUUACAGUGAGAUUUCUAAUAGUUCGGACAAUGAUACAGACUCGGAAAAUAAUUCUCUUCAAGGUGGGAAGACUAUAGAAAAGCUGAUAAAAGAAAGAUGCAAGCAAAUAAAACUAAAUGGAAAGACUAAAAGAAAAAGACCAUUGGUCACCUACAGUUCAGAUUCUAGUGACAGUGAAAAAGACGACAACACAGCAAGUGACAGUUCUACUCAUAGGGAACAAGUUCAAGGCCAUCCACUAAAUAUUCUGUCUGCUUGUAAACAGAGAAAUCACUUACAGUUGAAAAGAUUAAAACUUUUGAGAGAUAGUGCUUUAAACAGUGAUUCAGAUUUAGACGAUGCUGGAAGUUUGGAACUAAACGAGAAGAACAGUAUUCAUAAAAAUGGAGCAUGUGAAAAUUUAACUGAAAAUUCAAAAUGUGAAGAAAAUAAUAAAUGUAAAAACACUGAAGAAGAUAUGGGACCAUACUUAUAUGAAGCUGAAAAUCAGCCAUCUUGUUCAAAAACAUUGGCUGGCCCUUCUUCUGACAGUUUUCCAAUUGUAGAAAAUCAUGAAGGUCCCCAAAAUAGUGAAUCAGAAGUUAAUAGCCAGCAAAAAUGGUCAGAAUUCAAAAGAUUAAAAACAAAAGCUACAUCAAGAAAGUACCGAAGCCAUAGUAAAGCUGAAGAUAAUUAAAAUGAAAUCAUUAUUUUAUGCCAUUUGUCUUUCAUUAUCAUAUGUAUGUUGUAACAUUGUUGGGAGAAUAUAAAGAAGAUUUUCUGAUAAUUUCAGCUGUUGUUCAUAUGCUAUGAGUGUGUAUGAAUAUAUUAUAAAAAAUAGUAAUGAAACAAGUGUUCAGUAGUUCUAAAUCUAAAAGAAAAUGUAUGAUGAGGCCUCUUUUUUCUUCCAUUAUUUGAAUACCACCAAGUGUUAAAAUAAUAUUUAUUCAUUUGGAAAUAAAAGUAGAAUAGGAAUGGAUCUAAGAAAUUUGAAAUUAUGAUUUAUGGGGCUAGAAAAUGUCUCUCAUCAUUUCUUUUAACAUAUGAGCAUGAUAAGUUAGUUCAGUAUUUUACUUUUUGACUUAACAGAUUAUAAAAGAGGUGCUUUGUUCAUAAAAAAAUCAAUGUACAUGUAUACACAUGUUUUAAAAAUUGCUACUUCGACUAAAACUAAAAUAACUCUUUUAUAGCAUUUACUUAACACUUCAUAUAGUGUUUAUUCAACUCAGUAGAGCCAAAUAUAAGCGUAAAGGUAAUAUAUCAACUGUAUUUUCACCUGGACAUUCAAAAUCUUAUUGUUAAACCUAGCUUGUCUGCAUUGAAGUGUUGACCAAAAACAGAUUUUUUUUCUUUCUGUUUUGUAAGUGGGAAUUUAUCAUUAAAUGGCCAUCAGUUUGUAUUUUGGCAUAAAAUGAAGUAGCACAAUUAAAAACCAUAUUUAAUUAUAUUCUUUUGAUGUGUAAUGUGUGCAGAUUGAAAAUAUAAUUGAAAUAAUUUGUUUAAAAUAGGACUGGUCUGCAAGACAUGAAAUCAGAAUGUACAUAUUAUAUAUUUUUUUCUGUAAUAGCUGAUAGUUUCUUUAAUCGAUACAAUUUUGACCAGUUGCAAGAAAAUUCUUCUGCCUGUAUGUGAUGUGGCUUUAAUUAUCUUCUAUAAAUCCAAACUUAUGUUAAUGUUUUAUUUUUCAACAGAAUUAUAAUCCUGUUUGUUAAGUUAUAUCUUUUGUUUUUGUUUUGUAUGAUGAUGUCUAUAUGAUAAAAGGUGAUAACCAUUAAGAUAAAUAUGGGGGGGGGGGGGGGCAUGGAGGGCAUAAGCCUCCUUCUUUGAUUGAUUGGAAAAUUCUAAAGAAUUUUAGCAUAAAAUCGCCUAAAAAAAUGUUUGCCUCGAUCUGCUAGACGGUAUAUAUUCUGUAAUCUCGAAAUAACACCCCCUUUGAAAUAUCCUGGAUCCGCCCCUGAAAUUGUGGACAGUACAAACAUUUUGCUCUGUCCAUUUCCUUGCAUAACACUAUAAUAUUGAAAAUAGAUAAUUGGCAGGUUUAUAUACCAUGCUGUAUACAUGUUACUCAUAUUGUACAGCCAAGUAAAACUCCCAUAGUUCUGAUUGUUUAACAUUAAAUCAUCUUUUAGGGAAAAUUACUUAUUUUUAGUAAAGAAUGUAGACAGACCCUGUUAAGAUUUGACAUUUCUGAGCUAUUCAUUUAAGCUUUGAUAUGAAUAAAAGGAGAUGUUGGGUAUACGUCAAUGAGAUCACAAGCCACUGACUCAAACAACCAAGACAAAUAUAGUGGUCAAUGAUUUUUACAUUUCAGUAAAACCUAUAUCGGUCUCUUAAUUUCUCAAAAUAUUCAGAUAAGCUAUUCUGGAGUUAUAGAAUCUGAGUAAUCAAAUAUCAUGCACUCAUGGAGCUCUUUAUUCUCAGUGUUGUUCAGUAACUUAUUUUUGGUUUUGACUGAUAAAAAUAUUCAAAAUGAAUUUGACAAGGGUUUGGACAUAUGCAUUUAUGUUAUAGCUAAAUUGACUUAUAUGCCAACAAACUGGUUGUUAUCACAAGUCGUAUAUUUUAUUCAUGUGAUCAUGGCCUAGAUCAGUGUUAAAAUUGUAAGUCAUUUAGAUAUUUUACCAUGUAGUAUUUGUUCAAACUUGUGUCUUAAUUCUUUGUACAAUAGUGGCCUUAACUAAAAAUAUAAUUAUCCAGCUAUGAAAAAAAAUUUGUAUUUUGAAUUUUCCUCAUCAAAAUUCAUUACUUACAGUAAUUCCCAAAGAAAAAAAUGUUGAAACUAUCAAACAAUUUUAAAUUCAAAAUAAUAAAAAAUCUUCCAUAUUUGCAUACCUGUAACUUUUGUCAGGUGACAGUGGUAAUUGUAUUUAUAAACAUUUCUGUAUUUUUAAUUCUGUUUGAGAUCUACAAGUCAGUUUUCUAUUUCCUUACAUUAUGUAUAUAUUGUGGAUCAUUUAUGUUGAAAUAGUAAGAAGAAUUGUUAUGUAGUUUAGUUAGGAUCACAGCAUUCAUUACAUAUAAAUAGUAAUCUGUACAAUGUAAUUUCAUUUGUUCUUUAUAAUACAAUUACGAAUUCAAGUAGAACUUUUAAUAUUUGUGUAAAAUUCUAGUUAAGUAAUGCUUCAUAAAAUAUAUUAGAAAAUAUUAAAAACAUGAAAUGAAAUAAAAAGUCAGUUUUAUUUAUA